AUGCAGACCGUUGACCAAUCCACUACUAGAACGGCCGCCGAAGACGAUGGCAUCGAUCAAAUAGGCUCAGACACCCCGCGAUCCGGCAUUGCGACGCCUCAACCCGACCCCCACGACAAGCGCCUCCCAGGGAUCAUGAGCUACUUCGGUCAGGUUCGUCAAGACCCUUCUACAGCCGUUCCGCCUUCUUCCCUCGACGCCUGGCAGCACAAUGCCCAAGCCACCUCCCAAACUCCCCAGAUUGCCCUCACAGCUGCCCACGAUGCCACAGCCACCGCCGAUGCUCCAGCCGCCGAUGGCGAUGAUCAGGCUCCGUCUCCGGCCUCCGAGGGGAUACAAAUGCUCCCACCACCCCUCCCACAGGCCGCUGCACCGCCUUCUUCCUCGUCCUCCUUGAGCAUCUCUGCUCCUUCCGAUGCAUCGGCGGUCGCACAUCCUCCCGUCCCUGUGGCUGCCAAGUCGGGUCCCACACAGCACCUCACAACAAACAUCCAUCCAUAUCCCACCCCUCCACCGUCACAGCCUUGCUCGUCUGCAAGUUCAGCCAUACAUGUUUUAAGCAGUCGCUCGCAAGAAAGUGCACCCGCUGGUCGGUCUGCUUCUCUUGCUGCUAAUGCCAUGGGCGCCCUUCAGCAGCUGCCGCUCCCUACCCGUGGCGUCCACUCUCUAGACGAGAGUCGCGCCCAGCCUUCCCAUGCUCAUGACACUACACUUUCUAAUUCUUCUAAUUCUGCUUCUACUACUUCCUCAACCACUCAAACGGCUAGCAAAUGGUUUUCUCUUGAUGGGCUCAAAGAGCUAACACGUUCUAUCAUCUUCAAGAGCGGUCCUCCUACCCCGACCAGAGCUCUCUCGACCGCCCGCCCUUCGCUGUCGGACGGCAAAGAUACAGUCUACCGCGCCAGCAACGAUGGCGCCGAGACCAGCGGGACGCAAACCCCUCGCUCUACUGGCGCCCAGGUCCCCGCCGCUCGUGGCAAGCUAACAGUCAAGGUCUCCGAGGCCCGCGGCCUGCGCAAGUGCCACGACCCCUACGUCGUUGCCGUCUUCCAGCGCUCCGAGCUCAUCUCGGGCGGUCCUCGACCUUCCGAGGACGAAGAGCCUCUCAACGUUGCACAAGCUGCCAUUGGCGGCAUCCCUAUCCAACGAUCAGCAAGUGACUCAGGUCGGCCCAUGGCGAUUCCCAUGCGCAGUCGUCAAAGUAGCAACACCAGCAUCACCGAUUAUAACACAUUUCGCAACCGCAACGGUCGCCAAGCUUCGCUCACACACCCCAAAUGGGAUGCUGAGGCCGUAUUUGAUGUUGUCGACUCGGGCUCCUUGGUCGAUGUAUCUAUCUACGACCACACUCCCAGCGGUGAAAAGUUCCUCGGUCAUGUCAAGUUUGAAGCUCCCAGGGAAAAGGAGACGCUGGUCCGCGGCUGGUUUCCCCUCAAGGGCCACGUCAACACCGUUGACGAGGACGCGCCAACUGGAGAGGUGUAUGUCGAAGCUCUGUAUCAACGCACCGAAAAGAAGCACUACGGCCCCAGCGAUUUCGAGAUUCUGAAGCUGAUCGGCAAGGGGACGUUCGGUCAAGUCUACCAGGUUCGCAAAAGGGAUACGCAGCGUAUCUACGCCAUGAAGGUACUGCAGAAGAAGGUCAUUGUACAGAAGAAGGAGGUGGCCCAUACCGUUGGCGAGCGCAAUAUUCUAGUUCGCACUGCCACCUCAGACUCUCCUUUCAUUGUCGGCCUCAAAUUCUCCUUCCAAACCCCCUCGGAACUAUACCUGGUCACCGACUACAUGUCCGGCGGCGAGCUCUUCUGGCACUUGCAAAAAGAGGGCCGUUUCGACGAGAGACGUGCCAAGUUUUAUAUUGCAGAGCUGAUUCUCGCCAUUCAACACCUCCACAACAAUGACAUUGUCUACCGCGAUCUGAAGCCUGAAAACAUUCUCCUUGAUGCCAACGGUCACAUUGCGCUUUGCGACUUUGGUCUCUCCAAGGCCAACCUCACAAAGAACGACACUACAAACACGUUCUGUGGCACUACCGAGUAUCUCGCCCCCGAGGUGCUUCUGGAUGAGUCUGGCUACACCAAGAUGGUGGACUUUUGGUCACUUGGUGUCUUGGUCUUUGAGAUGUGCUGUGGUUGGAGCCCGUUCUACGCCGAGGACACUCAACAAAUGUACAAGAACAUCGCCUUUGGGAAAGUCCGCUUCCCCCGAGACACGCUGUCGCAAGAGGGCCGUAACUUCGUCAAGGGCUUGCUCAACAGAAAUCCCAAGCAUCGCCUUGGUGCCACAGACGACGCGGAGGAGCUGAAACAGCACCCAUUCUUUAAUGACAUUGACUGGACGCUCCUCACGCAAAAGCGUAUCGCUCCACCAUUCAAGCCCAAGCUCAAGUCUGAAACCGACGUGUCCUAUUUCGACCCGGAGUUCACCACGGCCUUGGACCAGAAUGGAUCUCUCAACGAGCGCGCCGCUGCCCUCGCCCGAGGCUACGCUGCCUCAACACCCCUCUCGCCGUCGGUGCAAGCCAACUUCCAGGGUUUUACAUUUGUAGACGAGAGUGCGCUAGACGAUCACAUGCGUGACCGUGUGCACCCCGAUGAUGAGGAGAUGGAUGACGCGGGCCACCACACAAACGGCAACGACUUUGACGACUGGGACAAUAUCGAUGACUUUGAUGUAAGGCAGGGUAACAGAAUGAGUGGCAUCGUGCGCACUUCAACCCACGACGAGCAAAUGGUGGGAGGACACUUUGAUGAUUAA